GAGUGGUGAUAAAAUAUCUGCGUUGGUGGUUUAGGCUUGAGAAGCCAAUGGGGCAUCUGAUGUUUUCUCCAUCUCGUAUUUCCCCGAAGCUCACGCCGUUCGCCGCCCUAUUCCGCCCCGUCGCCACCACCACCUCACCCACCCUUACGGCCGCUGUGGUCACCCUACCGCCCAGCCACAAGAAUGUGAAAGAUUCUGGAGUGCUCCUCGGCAUGUCCGAGGUGGAGCUCCGGGAGCUCGCUCUUCAAUUCGGUCAAGAGAAGUACAGAGGGAAACAGCUGCACCAUUUGUUAUACAAGAGGAAAGUUAAAGAGGUCCAAGAAUUUACACACUUGCCGUUGGCGUUCAGAAAUGAACUGCAGGAAGCGGGAUGGAGUGUUGGUCGGUCGCCUGUUUAUAAGGCUGUCACUGCCGCAGAUGGAACUGUUAAGUUAUUAAUAGAGCUAAAGGAUAGCAGGUUGGUAGAAACUGUUGGUAUACCAGUUGAAGAUAAGGAAGGCUCUGUUAGAUUGACUGCAUGUGUUUCAUCACAGGUUGGUUGUCCAUUACGAUGUUCCUUUUGUGCCACUGGUAAGGGAGGUUUCUCGAGGAAUCUUAAAAGGCAUGAAAUUAUUGAACAGGUUUUGGCAAUUGAAGAGGUCUUCAAACGUAGAGUUACAAAUGUGGUAUUUAUGGGAAUGGGCGAGCCAAUGCUGAACAUGAAAGAAGUUCUUGAAGCUCAUCGUUGCCUGAACAAGGAUAUUCAGAUUGGUCAAAGGAUGAUCACAAUUUCUACAGUCGGAGUUCCAAACACCAUCAGAAAACUGGCGUCGCACAAACUUCAGUCUACACUAGCGAUAAGCUUACAUGCUCCAAACCAGAAGCUUAGGGAAAAGAUUGUACCGAGCGCAAAAUCAUAUCCUUUGGAAGCAAUAAUGGAAGACUGCAAAUACUAUUUUCUUGAAACGGGUAGAAGAGUAUCCUUCGAGUACACACUACUAGCCGGCGUAAAUGACAGUGUCGAGCAUGCAGCUGAAUUGGCCAAGCUUCUUCAUCAAUGGGGCAACGGUUAUCAUGUAAACCUCAUCCCCUUCAAUCCUAUAGAAGGUUCUGAGUAUCAACGACCGUAUAAGAAAGCAGUUCUUUUGUUUUCGGAGGCCUUGGAAUCUCGAAGAAUCACUGUUAGUGUUCGCCAAACACGGGGUUUGGAUGCAAGUGCAGCCUGCGGACAACUAAGGAAUGAGUUUCAGAAAGUCCCAAUGGCUCAGCAAGUGCAGCCGGAGAUGGCUGUUGCUUCUUGAUAAUUAAUGCUUGUCGAGAUCAAUGUAAAGGCAAUGCAUCAGAGGCGUUGGCAAUCAACGAGCAUUGUCAUGUUGGAUCGUGUUGUCGCUCGCAGACAGCACCGAAAUUCGAUCCAUCGGGACCUCAUCGAACAUGUACAACUAAGCACUUUGUAAGUUCAGAUUAUUUGAAGGACAACGUCAUUAUAAAGCUCCAGCCCUAUUUCUGUU